GGGUAGAAUACAGACACAAGUGCUACUGAAAUGCAAAUCUCUGUGUAUCUGGAAAAGGUCUGGUACUGUACUGGAAGAUCUGGGCAGCAACCAUUAUGCGGAGUCCCAUCUGCACACCCUAACCCUCAGGGAGGUAUUCACGUUACUCAAGACUUAAUGGCCAAUCAGAGCUUUGAAGUGGACCUGCCAGUCAGAAAAGGAGGCGGGAUCUUCCGGGUGCCUUGCCGCAGCUUCAGCUCUGUAGCGGAGCGGGCUGGAAAAGUUCUGAUUGUUUUUCUCUAAGUGCUGCUCCUUGGUGCUGUGAGGGAAGUCUAGCAAGUUCCUAGUUCGCGACAUGAAUGGAAUGACCUAUGAUGAUGUGCAUGUAAACUUCACUGGAGAAGAGUGGGCUUUGCUCAGUCCUUCCCAGAAGAGGCUCUACAAGGAUGUGAUGCUGGAAACCUACAGAAACCUCACUGCUAUAGGUUACAGUUGGGAAGACCGUAAUAUUGAAGAACAUUUUCAACGUUCUAGAAGACAUGGGAGGCAUGAAAGAAGUCAUACUGGGGAAAACCCUUCUGUAUAUACUCAAUGUAAUAAAGUAUUUGCAUAUCAGAGUCAUACUCAAAGACUCCACCAAAUUCAUACUGGAGAGAAACCCUACGAAGGUAUUCAACAUGAUAAAGCCUUUGCACAUCACAAUCAUCUUCCACGGCGUGAAAGAAUUCAUGCUGGAGAGAAACCUUAUGAAUGCAAUCAGUGUGGUAAAUCCUUUGCACACUGUAGUUACCUUCGAAAGCAUAAAAGAAUACAUAGUGGAGAGAAACCCCACGAAUGUAAUCAAUGUGGUAAAGCUUUUGCAUGUCACAGUAAUCUCCGAAUACAUAAAAGAACACAUACUGGAGAGAAACCCUAUGAAUGUAACCAGUGUGGUCAAGCCUUUGCAUGUCAAGGAAAUCUCCGAUUACAUGAAAGAACACAUACUGGAGAGAAACCCUAUGAAUGCAAUCAAUGUGGUCAAGCCUUUGCAUCUCACAGUCAUCUCCAAAUACAUAAAAGAACACAUACUGGAGAGAAGCCCUACAAAUGUAAUCAAUGUGAUAAAGCCUUUUCACAAGGUAGUUCACUACAAAUACAUAAAAGAACACAUACUAAAGAGAAACCCUAUGAAUGUAAUCAAUGUGGUAAAGCCUAUAUAUGUCACAGUAGUCUCCGAAUACAUAAAAGAACACAUACUGGAGAGAAACCCUAUGAAUGUAAUCAAUGUGGUAAAGCCUUUGCAAGUCACAGUACUCUCCGUAUACAUAAAAAGACACAUACAGCAGAGAAACCCUAUGAAUGUAAUCAAUGUGGUAAAGCCUUUACACGGCACAAUAGUCUCCAAAUACAUAAAAGAACACAUACUGGAGAGAAACCCUACAAAUGUGAUGAAUGUGAUAAAGCCUUUGCACAACAAGGUCAUCUCAGAAUACAUAAAAGAACACAUACUGGAGAAAAACCUUAUGGAUGUAAUCAGUGUCAUAAAGCUUUUGCACGUCAUAGUCAUCUUCAAAUUCAUGAAAGAAUUCAUACUGGAGAGAAACCUUACAAGUGUGAUCAAUGUAAUAAAGCCUUUGCACAAUAUGGUAGUCUUCAAAUACAUAAAAGCACACAUACUGCUGAAAAGCCCUACAAAUGUAAUGAAUGUGGUAAAACUUUUUCACAACUCAGUUAUCUCAGAAUACAUAAAAGAACACAUAAUAGAGAGAAACCCUAUAAAUAAACAGUAGUUUUGAGUGGUUAUAAAACUCACACUGAAGGGAUUGUAUGACUAUAAAGAAUUUGGUAAGAUAUUUAGCCAAUACAUUUCCAUUAAGUUACAGAAGAUUAUUUAUUCAGGGGAAUAAAUUUGACUAGUGUCACCAACAUAUUCAGGCAUUAUUAUAUCCCUCUUUAUUAUGCCCUGAUGAUCUGGAAGAAAUGUAAGAUUGAUUGCAUCAGAAGUAUCUGAAGCCUUGGCACUUUAAAGAAAUUUCAGAGUCCCAAAUCUCUACAAAAUGAAGAAGAGUGAAAAGAAAGAUCAGGAGAGAAACUGACAAGUCUUAAAAAGUGGCUGAGCAAUUGGCCAAUGCCACAAGACAGUUUAUCUCAAAAGUGGUAAAAAAGAGAGCUGUGGGAGCAAGCCCAGAAGGAAAUAUGUAUAUUGUAUGCCUGCUGGAGUUUGUUUCCCAUAAGGAGAGAAAGAAAAUAUGCAGGGAUGAAGAUUGGCUUGUCAGAUCAGGAUCAUAUUCUGCUUCUCUGAAGCCUGUAAAAUUCUGUUAGGAGGACUCCUGGAGAUCCUAAGACUUCAACAGGAGUCAGCCACUCUAAGACUGGAGCAACCAUGCUUUUGCAAAGAGCUGUGUGAGGUAUGGAAGAAAUAUGAGGGCAAGAGCUUCAGAUUGUAAAGCCAAAGGGUCAAAUGACUAGAGGGAGAUGCUCAGGGUGUACCUGAGGACAAGCUGGCUCCUACUGUGCUCUUUGCAUCCACUUAGCUGUCAUGGGUCAACCCCUCCAGGUCUUCCACUCUUUAUUCUUGGCAACUACAAUGUAGCUGCCAGUAAGAGCACUGUGCUCCUUCUCUGGCAGUCCCCACCCAUUCAUUAAUCCUUGUAACCUGCUUCCCUGGGAAGACUAAGGAUAUUCUAAAGAGAUAUUUCUUUUUCUUUGGCUAACAAUUAGUGAAACAGUGGGUUGCAUGAAAUUCAAAUUUCCUGGGUAAUCACAUUCUGGGUAAGAUUGAGUCCUCCGUCGAAGAAUGCUUCUGCUGAAGAAACAUUUGCACAAUGCAGGAGACAGAGGAACUAAGAAUGGAGUAUGGUUUGAGGGAUGGCUGGAAAAUUCUUAUACUGCUUGGAUGGAUUACUUAGCAUCUAUCUCUUUCCUUCCACCUAAAUAUGUCAUUACCCCCAGUGAUUGAAUAGUUUGCUUCUAUCUUUGUCAUUAUUCCAGUUUAG